CGUCAAACCAACGGCUCGUUCUGCUACCUCUCACCGCCCGUAUAUGGCAUGGAGACACGCAGCAUCAUCACGUUCAUCCACCAUCCCCGUUGUGGUCGCAUACGUCCUAGCCUUUACAUCUGUCUCCUGUUGAGAAAAGAAAACCGGGCUUGACUGCUCUGGUGCCACCGUCCGUCACGUACAACUGCCGUGAUCCAAUCCGUCCGGAAAUACCGCGAGUAUGGAGCAGCAACCUCUUCAAGCGCAGCAGGGAGACCUGAAUUGGCGUCUGAGCGCCCAUCCGAUCACUCUCCUUUGUUUCCUGGGCUUUCGCAUCGGCGCCCUUCUGAUGUAUCUCUUUGGGGUACUCUUCAUCAAAAAUUUCAUCCUCGUGUUCAUCAUCACCCUGCUGCUUCUCUCCGCCGACUUCUACUACCUCAAGAACAUCGCCGGCCGUCGUCUCGUGGGUCUUCGCUGGUGGAACGAAGUCAACAUGUCCAGCGGUGACUCGCACUGGGUCUUCGAGUCCUCCGAUCCGAACGCGCGCACCAUCGCAGCCACCGACAAGCGCUUCUUCUGGCUGAGCCUAUACGUGGCCCCGGCACUGUGGGUCGGUCUGGCCAUCCUGGCCAUCAUCAAGCUGCAGAAUGUGAUUUGGCUGAGCCUUGUUGCGAUCGCACUUGCCCUGACCAUCACCAACACGCUCGCCUUCUCGCGGUGCGACAAGUUCAGCCAGGCGUCCACCUUUGCGAACCGGGCGCUGGGAGGAUCGAUCGUGAACAACCUUGCGGGGGGUCUGCUGGGCAGGCUCUUCAAGUAGGUGGGCUUUGGGCGUGGGAUUAUCAGAGAUUGUCUCGUGACAGGGUUGCCUUUCCCUCUUUUUCCUCCUUGUUCUAGCCCAAUCGGUCUGCAAAAGUAUUUUGUAGGGUGCGGAUUGGGUGUCUUGCAUGACUUUAGAGUAUCGACCAGUCUUUAUGGAAUAUGAUGUAUUGUACAUGUGAAUUUGAUUCUUUGACUGCCAGCUUAUA